AUGUCCGAUACUAUCUCUAUCAAUGAUCUCCAGGUCCAUCUUGCCAACGGCCUAGGUCCGUCAGCUUUCGGACUGCCAAACCCUCCACCAUGUCCAAUCUCGCUCACGCUCGACAUCCACCUCAAAGACGGGAUCGUCUCGGCGGACGAGGACAGUAUGCUCGGACUCGGCGUCAACUAUUCGUCCGUCAGCAAACAGGUCUAUGCGCUCCUCUCUGACCCAAAGCGGACAUUCAGCACGCCUAGCGAGGUGAUCCAUGCUGCGGCAGCUGUCCCGCUAGCUCUGGACGCGGUGGAGGCGGUUGGGGUAUCGCUGGAACUACCGAGGGCGCUGCUUCAUGCCCAGUCGGUAGUCUACUCGGCUGUACUGCCUGCGAGCGGGGGAGAAGGGGAGGAGGAGAUGACGAUGAAGAUUAAGGGGCUGGGGGUGGUCUGUGUGAUUGGGCUGCAUCCGCACGAGAGGGCAGAGAGGCAGCGGUUAGAGGUGGAUCUGGAAUUCAAAGGAUGGGCCGAGAGUGAGGGGCACAGGAAUAUCGCUUAUACUGCUCUUACCUACCUCGAGAACAGCAGCUUUGGGACGAUUGAAUCUCUCGCUCAUUCUUUGGCGGAGCACCUGCUCGUAUCGCUCGCCUUCCCCGUGAAGCUACAGCUUGUCAUUCGUAAACCGUCAGCACUGCCAUUCGCUGUGCCUUCCAUUACGGUCCACCGCUCCAGCUUCCCUCGCCUGCCCGCCAUCCUACCCACAACCUCGGCAACCUCAUCUCCUUCUGGGCCAAUACGCAUAUUCAUCGCCCUCGGCUCCAACAUUGGAGAUAGAGUCUCGCACCUCAUCAGCGCUGUCUCUCUCCUGCAGAAAUACGGCCUCGCCCAGGUCCGUACAGGCCGGAUAUACGAGUCUGAGCCAAUGUACGUCGAGGACCAAGCGCGGUUCAUGAACUCCGCUAUUGAGGUGCGAGCGACAAAGGAGAUGGACGCGAUGGGCGUACUACGGGUGUUGAAGCGGGUGGAGAGGGAAGUGGGGCGGACCAAGACGUUCACGAAUGGCCCGAGGGUCGUCGAUUUGGAUUUGGUGUAUUACGGUGGGGAGGUGGUCAAGGUUGGGAAGAAGGGGGAUGUGGAGGAUGAGGACGGGGUGGGGUGGUUGGAGGUGCCGCACUGGGGAUUAGCAGAGCGGGAGUUUGUGCUUCGCCCUCUCGCCGAUAUUGCACCAGACUUUACAGACCCCCGACUCCGUGUCCCACUCCGCACCCUCCUCGCCCGGCUUCCACGCACGACACCUCCCCAACUCUCCCCGCUUAUCCCCUUCCCGUCCCCCGCUCGACCGUCACGCCUACACCGCCCCACACCCCUCAUUAUGGCCAUAAUCAACGCCACUCCCGACUCCUUCUCUGACGGCUCCCCGUCCAAUUUGUCCAUCCCACACGUCAUCUUGUCUCUACGCGAGAUGUUCGCCACGCCCUAUCCGCCAGAUAUACUCGAUAUCGGCGGCAUGUCGACCCGGCCCCACUCGACCCCUUGUACACUGGAAGAAGAGCUCGAGCGGGUCGUACCCCUCAUUCAAGCCAUUCGGGCUCUCGGAGACGAGGAUGCGGCGAUACGCGAUGUCCCUAUCAGUGUGGAUACAUACCGCCCCGCCGUGGCUCGCGCGGCGGUCGAGGCGGGCGCAUCAUGUAUCAACGAUGUUCGGGGCGGACGAGAAGAGGGGAUGCUGCAGGCGAUGGCGGAUCUGGGGGUACCCGUGGUGCUCAUGCACUCCAGGGGAGAUUCGAGCAGUAUGACCACCUCGGACGUCCAGGACUACUCGGCGCUUGGCGGUCUCGUCCCCGGCGUCCGGACAGAAAUGGCGGAUAUGGUCCGCCGAGCGGAAAAAGCGGGUGUCAAGAGGUGGAAUAUCACCCUGGAUCCGGGGUUGGGGUUCGCCAAGAAGGGAACGGACAAUUUGGUGCUUCUGAGGAGACUGGGGGAAAUGACGGCGCCGGGGAGUGGGCUGGAGGGACUGCCUAUGUUGGUCGGAGGGAGCAGGAAGGGGUUUGUGGGCAAGGUGAUCGGGAGGGAGGUGGCUAGUGAGCGGGGCAUGGGGGAUGCGGGGGUGUUGGCUUGGUGUAUGGGUAAAGGGAUGGGAGUGGAUGUUGUGCGGGUACAUGAUGUGAGAGCGGCGGGAGAGGUGUUGGGGAUGAUGGCGGCGAUAAGGGAUGCAGAGUAG